UGCAGCGGCGCAGCUUUGGACUCACCCAAACGUUUGUGUUAUGAGACGUUGUUUUGUAAGGCAGCUCAGUAUUUGUUUGCUAACCAGCCGGUUUCACAAGCUGAGCACUGGCGAAAGUGAGGACACUGCAACUCAACCUCAGCCGAUUUAAACAAAGAACAAGCGCUGGAGUCCAGUGAGAGUACACUAGAUGACAUAUAAUGUUUCCAGCUAGCAGAUAUUCAGCUCACAGGUGUAUCAGGGUAUGGAAGAAGGUACAGAUAGACCCUCAGCUGUACACAACACUAAACAGACGGGCAUGCUCUUCGCUGAUAACCCCCCGCAUCACUACACACUACACCAUCCAUUCUCGAGACAAAGAUCCAAGAUGGGAAGGGGUCGAAAUGGAAAGGUUUGCCGAUGAGGCAGACGUGGUGAUAGUCGGUGGAGGCCCUGCAGGUCUUUCAGCAGCCAUUCGUUUGAAGCAGCUCGCCAACGAACAUGAGAAGGAACUGCGAGUGUGCCUUGUGGAGAAAGCCUCUCAGAUUGGAGCGCACACCCUAUCAGGAGCCUGUUUGGAGCCAUCUGCCCUCAAUGAACUUUUUCCUGAUUGGAAGGAACGGGGGGCACCAAUGAACACUCCAGUGACUGAAGACGUGUUCAACAUUUUAACGGAGAAACACAGAAUCCCUGUCCCCAUUUUGCCAGGUCUGCCUAUGAGGAACCAUGGCAACUACAUUGUGAGGCUGGGGAACUUUGUGCGCUGGCUGGGGGAGCAGGCAGAGGAGCUUGGAGUGGAGCUGUAUCCUGGUUAUGCUGCAGCUGAGGUUUUGUUUCAUGAAGAUGGAAGUGUAAAAGGAAUUGCCACCAAUGAUGUAGGCAUUGCCAAAGAUGGCUCGCCGAAGGAUAUUUUUGAAAGAGGAAUGGAGCUCCAUGCUAAAGUCACGUUGUUUGGAGAGGGCUGCCAUGGACACUUGGCUAAGCAGCUUUAUAAGCAAUUCAACCUGCGGGAGAAUUGUGAACCCCAGACCUACGCCAUUGGCCUGAAAGAGGUGUGGACGAUUGAUGAGAAGAAGUGGAGGCCAGGCAGAGUGGAGCAUUCUGUGGGCUGGCCCCUGAACAGAAACACAUAUGGAGGAUCCUUCCUCUAUCAUCUGAAUGAGGGAGAGCCUCUUGUGGCAUUGGGCUUUGUGAUUGGUCUGGACUACAGCAACCCUUACCUGAGCCCCUUCAGGGAGUUCCAGCGCUGGAAACAUCAUCCCUCCGUAGCUCCCACUCUGGAGGGAGGCAACAGGAUUGCAUAUGGAGCCAGGGCACUAAAUGAGGGAGGAAUACAGUCUAUCCCAAAACUGACUUUCCCGGGAGGGCUGCUGAUAGGCUGCAGCCCCGGCUUCAUGAACGUCCCAAAGAUCAAAGGCACCCACACAGCUAUGAAGAGUGGCAUGCUGGCUGCUGAGGCUAUUUUCCCCAAAGUCACAGCUGAGAGCCUGGAUUCAGAGACGGCAGGGCUCCAUGUACCUGAGUAUGCUGAGACCUUGAAGAAUUCAUGGAUAUGGAAAGAGCUGCACGCAGUAAGAAACAUCAGGCCGUCCUUCCACAAUUACUUCGGCCUGUAUGGUGGAAUGGUCUACACUGGAAUCUUCUACUGGAUCUUCAGAGGAAAAGAGCCAUGGACACUCAAACACUGUGGCCUUGACGCAGACCAGCUGAAACCAGCUAAAGAUUGUACACCGAUUGAAUACCCCAAGCCUGACGGAAAGAUAAGCUUUGACCUGCUUUCCUCUGUGGCUCUGAGUGGCACCAACCACGAGGGAGACCAGCCCCCCCAUCUGACCCUAAAGGAUGACGGCGUCCCGGUUGACAGGAAUCUGGGUAUAUAUGACGGACCUGAGCAACGCUUUUGCCCUGCAGGUGUGUACGAGUAUGUUCCCCUGGAAACGGGAGAUGGGAUGAGAUUGCAGAUAAACGCUCAGAACUGUGUCCACUGUAAGACCUGUGAUAUCAAGGACCCGAGCCAAAAUAUCAACUGGGUUGUGCCUGAAGGUGGUGGAGGACCAGCCUACAAUGGAAUGUGAACAUCUUGGGGUUCUUUUUUUUUUUUUAAUCUCUUUGUCAAUAACUAUAACCUUCAAGUAUCAUGCAUUCAGAGUUGCAGUGCUUACCAGUGAAUGGAAAAUGUGCCUAAGUAUUGAGCAGAAAAUAAGUAAAUAGCGGUUUAUGAGUAUGAAAAAGAAAGGAAAAUGUUAGAAAUACAACUGCAUUUUUCAUAGAAAAGGCAGUUGGAUAUUAAGUUAACGAUGUGGCACAGGGGUUAUGCACCCAUGCUAAAUAGAGGACCAUAUCAAACUGAAGUUAGAAGUCACAAUUUGCUGUUUCUGCUUUAAAAUCCACAAUAUGGACAUUUAACACAGAAAAGAAAGCUAAGUGGCACUAAACUGGAAUAGUUAAUAUAUUUCCUUCACAAUGUCAUACUUGAAAAAGCAAACAUGCGGCUCUCAUUUUUAUUUCAGCAUUUAUUCCAGGUAUAUUUGGACAACUUUUGAUCCGCACAGUAUUGUACAUAAAAUCAUUAGAUGAUAUCACAGUAAUGAAUAAAGAACUCUUGACUGUUAA